UCCAGCCCAGGUGGACCUUUUUGCCACGAGGGAGAACACGCAAUGUCCCCUCUGGUACUCUCUAGUUCAUCCAGCUCCCCUGGGGCUGGAUGCCAUGGUGCAGACGUGGCCGAGGCUACGUCUGUACGCCUUUCCCCCGAUCGCUCUGCUCCCGGGAGUUCUAGAGAGAGUGCGCCGGGACGGGGUGUCCCUUCUUCUAGUAGCCCCGUACUGGCCGGGCCGAGUAUGGUUCUCGGACCUGAUUUCUCUCCUCGACGGCUCUCCCUGGGAGAUUCCCGUCAGGAGAGAUCUCCUCUCACAGGCAGGGGGCUCCAUUCUUCACCCCCGGCCGGAGCUGUGGAAGCUUUGGGUGUGGCCUCUGAGGGGGCACACCUCUUAGCUUCCGGUCUCUCAACCGAGGUUGUUGAGACCAUCCUCCAGUCUAGAGCUCCCUCUACGAGGAAACUGUACGCCUUGAAGUGGAAGCUUUUCACUUCUUGGUGCGGACGCCGCCAGCAAGACCCAGUUAACUGCCCAGUUGGCUCAGUGCUGGAGUUCCUGCAGGAUAGGCUAUCCGCAGGGUUAACCCACUCCACCUUGAAGGUUUACGUGGCGGCCAUUGCGGCCUACCCGCCCCCUCUCGGUGGUCUUUCUGUGGGCAGAAACCCCCUUGUUACACGUUUCCUCCGCGGUGCACUGAGGCUGAGGCCUCCGGUACGUCCCCGUGUCCCUCCCUGGGACCUGUCCGUGGUGUUAGAGGCUCUCUGCAGGCCUCCUUUCGAGCCUGUUGAGGAAAUUUCUGACAGAUUUCUUACCAUAAAGACUGUCCUUCUUCUUGCUCUUUCCUCCCUAAAGAGAGUUGGGGAUCUUCAGGCCCUCUCUGUGGCCCCUUCCUUCCUGGAUUUCGCUCCAGGCCUUUCAAAAGCUUUCCUUUACCCUCGUCCGGGGUAUGUCCCUAAGGUCCCCUCCUCGACACCACGGCCUGUCGUACUUCAGGCCUUUUGUCCUCCUCCCUUUCGGGACGCUGACCAGCAGAAGCUUAAUUGUAUGUGUCCGGUGCGAGCACUGGACGCAUACGUCCACCGGGCUGCCAGGUGGAGAAAGUCAGAUCAGCUGUUUGUCUGUUAUGGCCCCCCUAAGAGGGGCCUCCCUGCUUCCAAGCAAACGAUAAGUCGCUGGAUAGUGGACGCUAUUUGCUCUGCAUAUGAGGCCUCUGACCUCCCUCCUCCUCUAGGGGUCAGAGCUCACUCUACCCGGAGCAUGGCUGCCUCUAAAGCUUUUCUUGCUGGGGUUCCCCUGCAAGAUAUUUGCAACGCUGCGGGUUGGUCCACACCUUUGACCUUUGUAAGGUUUUAUGAACUUGACCUGCGGGUCUCGCCUGGUUCCUCUGUCCUUGCUCCUAGCACAUCCUAGGCAGGGACUGGGGUCUGGCGGCGUGGGCAUCUCGUUCCCAAAGCGUUUCGACGCGGCUC